AUGGCGGACGCCAAGGGGCGGGAAAUCGAAGGAGAAAUAACUACAGUUAACAAAAUUUCAAACUUGAACGUGAAUCGUGCCACAGUAGCUGACGUUUCGGGGAGUGCAAAAACGUUUGUAGAAGGUUUGACUGAGAAUACUCAAAUACAGCCAUUCAAAAAUGAUAUUUCUCUUCCAAACAUAAACUGUUCAGACUCUCUAAACAACAGCCAAGUAUCUAUAAAUGAAACUGAGUCAGUGGAGUCACCAGCGUGUGGAACGUCUCAAGGAUCAUCUAAGCCUACUGGAGGAGAUAUAAAUAAAUGUGAAGUUAGUAUGGACCAUAUGUCCGAAGUACAAAACAUUGAUUCUUGUAUUCAACAACCAGAAAAUACUGAAGCAUCUAUAGAAAUGACGGAUAAUUUAUUAAG